AUGGCUCCCACUGGCAACCCCACCCCCGCCCGCAUCCUCGUCCUCAUAUCAGGCUCGGGCUCCAACCUCCAAGCCCUGAUCGACUCCUGCAACACCGACGCCCUCCCCAACGCCAGCAUCGUCCGCGUCAUCUCCGACCGCAAAGACGCCUACGGCCUGAAGCGCGCUCAAGAGAACAACAUCCCAACAACCUACCACGGCGUCCUGCCCUACAAAAAGAAAUACCCCGACGACAGCGCCGAGAAGAAAUACGAAAAAGCCCGCGUCGCCUACGAUGCAGACCUAGCCCAACUCGUCCUCGCCGACCACCCGGACAUCGUUGUUUGCGCGGGAUUCAUGCGCAUCGUCUCGCCCGCCUUCUUGAACCCGCUGCAUGAAAGUCUCGUCCCGAUCAUCAACCUGCACCCUGCCUUACACGGAGAUCUUGUUGGAGCACACUGCAUCAAGCGCGCCUGGGAUGAGUUCCAAGCGGGAGAGCGGACGAAGACGGGCGUGAUGGUGCAUUACGUGAUUGCGGAGGUGGACAUGGGGGUGCCGAUUGUGCAGCAAGAGGUGGGGAUUGAGGGGUGUGCGACGUUGGAGGAGCUGGAGGGAAGGAUUCAUGGGGUGGAGCAUGGGUUGAUUGUGGAGGGGACGAGGAGGGUGGUGGAGAAGGGGAGGGAGGGGAAGAUCCAGCAACCAUUUCGAGCAAUCUCGACAGCUGCCGUUCCUCAGGCUGCUUCCCUAGGCCGAAGCUCUACUCUAAGCAUCCCAUACCCGCCGCCUCGACACAGAGAAGAAGUCGAGCCAGCGGAGCGCUCUUCGGCGGUUCAUGGUCUCCCGCCACACCGAAAAGGGUAUCCCAACCCUGAAGCGACUGAUGGGAGCUAUUCGACUGGGUCGUUUCCAAAGGCCGCAGGACUUGUCUGGAGUACGACCCUGCCGGUUUGGAAGCGCCGACAUCUAGCCUUUGAUUGCUGA